AUGGAUUCAACCGCCACGCCCACGACGACGACGAUUGACGUCUCCGCAUACGACCAACAGCUCCAAUCCCCGCUGUUCGGGACCUUGCCGGGCGAGAUCCGCAACGAGAUCUUUGCGCUUGCGCUGGUGCAGUAUGAAGAAGAGGGGGAAUCAGCGUACGCGAAGGACUCGUACUGGUAUCGGCCUGGCUUCACGGGUCCGAGGAAGAGUAGUAGCAGUUUGCUGAGGGCGUGUAAGUUGGCGCAUGUGGAGGGGCAAAAGGUGUUUUUGAGGGAGUUGGAGUGGGCUUUUUGGUUUGACCGCGGCCCAAAAGGAAGAACAAGAAACGAAGCCUGCACGGGAUUCUUCUCCUCCCUGACGGAGCAGCAAUCGCGCGACUUGAGCAAAGUCCGCUUCUUUACGCAAAUGUACUGGCUCGAAGGCGGGCGGAACUUGGCGACGCUCUUUGCGCAGCCCAGGUUUCGACCGGAGGUGUUGACGAUUACGGUGCGGUAUUCGGAUUGGUGGUACUGGGAGAGUGAUGAGCCGUUAAGGAUGUCGGAGGAUUGGUUGAGGGGGUUUAGGGGGCCUAGGGGUUUGAGGGAGUUGAGGGUUGAGUAUGAGACGCUUGUGGGGAAGAGGGAGGAGAUGAUGGGGAUUGUGGGGAGGAAUAAGGGGUGGAAGUUGGUUGUUGGUGAUGGGAGGGAGGAGAGGCGGGAGAGGGAGAGGGAGGAUGAAGAGGAAGAGGAGGGGAAGAAGGAGAAAGAGGAAGAGGAAGAGGAAGGGUAUCUGAGUGCCGAGGGGACGGAGUUGGUGGAGUGGACGUGGAAGGGGCCGAGUAAACUCGGUGGACAGGAGUGGGCUCAUCACGGGGAGGGGGAUACGGUUGAGUAUGUCGUUGUUGUGGAUACGUGGAGGUUUGUCGAGGGGAGGAUGAGCGAGGAGGAUCGGGCGAGGAGGGUGGAGAGCCAGCCUUUGUCUGAUUAUUAUGGGCAUUUCUGGCAUUUUAAUGAUUCGGAUAGGAGCUCGGAUUAUUGGAGUGAGAACGAGGAUGAGGAUGAGGAUGAGGAUGAGGACGAGGAUGAGAACGAGGAGGAUGAGGAGGAGGAAGGGGACGAUCAUGAUGUGGCUGGAGAGGAUGGCUCGGGGCCGUUCGGAGGCUCUGAGUUGGAUUUGUCUGCCGGAACUGUUCUUUAA